AUGAUAAAGUUUUUUCAACGAAGGGCGAAGCAAGACUACAGUGAUAUUAGCGAUGCGGAUAAGUUGAUAUUAAACCUUUUCGCCAACGAAACAAAAUGGAUUCAAAGAAUAGUAAGCUUCGGUUUCUCCAAGCUGAAAGGUCACACAACUGAUGAGAUUGAAUAUAUGCUUUCCACCUGGCCGAUAUAUGUAUCUAAAAUAGAUUCAGUGGACCAAGAUGUGCCCAGCCCAGAAAAAUCAGAUGAAUGCUUGGCAUCAUUAGGAAAUAUGUCUCUUCAUAGUAGAACUUCCACCAAAUGUACUAUCAAUAGAUCAUGCGAAGAAGUAUUGAAGAAUGGGACGAAUUAUGGAUAUGCGCUUACACACAGAUUGAUGUUCAUGUCUAUGGCUCGAUUUAGUCACGGCUGCUCGGUGUUUUCACCAGCCGAAGAUCAGUACUUGACGAAUCGAUUUUGCUCCAUGCUGUAUGUAGAAGCUGAAUCGAUUGAGAAGCAUAACUUUGCCAAUGGAUUAAUUGAUCUUAUGUUGGAAAUAAUUGCAUUAUGUGGUCUGCACGGCCACGAGCAAUUCCUCAGCGGGCCCUGGCUCCAACGACUCAAACGCUUUCAGGUUUCAGCAGGCUGUUUCGGCUUCAUCAUGAACGAUGCUAAUUACAUGAUACGUCAGCAGAAGCCACGCAAAUGGAAGUUGAAUCGCAGUAGAGAUCACGAUAUCAUGGACGGGCAUUGCAAUAGUCAUGCGACAACUUUAGCUAUGUGCGCGUACGCAGAGGCCGUGAGAUUUAUAUUAGAAAUGUACUAUUAG